AUGGAAGAUUGCGGCGAUAAUCAUCACUCCACCGCCGGUGGCCGGAAGAUAAUUUUUGGGAAAUACGAGAUGGGGAGGUUAUUGGGACAAGGAACGUUUGCAAAGGUGUACUACGCGAAGGAUCUUAUAUCAUCGGAAAGUGUCGCCAUUAAAGUCAUCAAAAAGGAUCAAGUUCGAAAAGAAGGUUUAAUGGAGCAAAUCACUCGUGAGAUCUCCGUGAUGAGACUCGUCCGCCACCCAAACGUCGUCGAAUUGAAGGAAGUUAUGGCCACCAAACGGAGGGUUUUUUUCGUUAUGGAAUACAUCACCGGCGGCGAGCUUUUCGCCAAAGUAGUGAAGGGAAAAUUGCAAGAAGAUGUAGCAAGAAAAUAUUUUCAGCAGUUAAUCAGCGCCGUAGAUUUCUGCCAUAGCCGCGGUGUUUCCCACCGUGAUUUGAAGCCGGAAAAUCUCCUCCUUGACGCAAACGGCGAUCUGAAAGUUUCCGAUUUUGGGUUGUCGGCGUUGCCGGAACAGUUGAGAAACGACGGAUUGCUUCAUACCCAGUGUGGAACGCCGGCGUAUGUUGCACCGGAAGUUCUCCGGCGAAAAGGGUAUGACGGCGCCACGGCGGAUAUUUGGUCUUGUGGGGUGAUUUUAUAUGUUUUGCUCGCCGGUUUUCUUCCAUUCCAACAUGAAAAUAUCAUGCAUAUGUAUAAGAAGAUCUUCAAAGCUGAGUAUGAAUUCCCACCGUGGUUCUCCGUCGACUCACGGCGGUUGAUUUCCAAGAUUUUAAUGGUGGAUCCGUCACGUAGAAUUACAAUUCCGGCGAUCAUGCGGUUACCUUGGUUCUUAAAAGGGUUUCAAAGACCACUCGCUUUCUCCAUUAAAGAAUCCGAUAACAACGAGUCCAAAGAUGGCGGAACCGAAUCAGAAAAGUCAAAGACAUCGCCACCGUUCUACAACGCUUUCGAGUUCAUUUCCUCCAUGUCUUCCGGCUUCGAUUUAUCAAACAUGUUUGAGAAGAAUCGAAAAUCGAGUUCUUUGUUCACUUCAACGUAUUCUGCUUCCGCCAUUGUUAAGAAGCUCGAAUCAGCUGCUAAGAAGUUGAAUUUGCAGCUUUUAAAUUCAAAGCAGAACGAGUAUAAAGUGAAGAUGCAGAGGACGUCGGAGGGUCGGAAAGGUAAGUUGUCGGUGACGGCGGAGGUGUUCGCGGUGGCUCCGGAGGUUUCGGUGGUGGAGUUUUCUAAGUCAGCAGGUGAUACAUUGGAGUACAAAAAGUUUUGUGAGGAGGAUGUGAGACCUGCCCUAAACGACAUCGUUUGGAGGUGGCAAGGGGAAGACGACAAUAACUAA